GAUUCUACGAACUAGGCCUUACUGUAAAUGAUCAUACUGAUCCAAUUUUUUUUAUUGGGGAUCUUACCUUCACCGGUCCUCUGACCGUCUCACAGAUCGCGAUCUCGCACGGACACGAACGGCUCUCGUCGUCCUUCUUCGGCUUCGACGACCAAUCUCCCUCUCAGCGGCCUCCUCCUCCGAUCGUUAAUCUCACCCAUUCGGCUUCUCCAGUAUCCUCUCGACGUUCGGCUAUUUUUUUUUUCUCUUCGUCUCCGGCGGCAUCAACGUCAGGUGACAGAAUUGCAUUGGGCGAUCGGAGCAUCACUUCUGGAUUGUCUUCUCGGCUCUCAGCCUCUCACUCCUCUCCGGCGGUACUGUCGACAAAGUACCGCAUUGUGCCCUGCCUGGGUGAAAAUCUUGGUUCAGCCACUGGAUUCCGAAGUGGGAUUAAUGGACCAGCUAGAAAAUAAGGCUACUAUGGAGAUUGUUGCUUUAGGAGAGUAUGAAGGUCAAAGGUGUAUGAAAGUGGAAAGAUGCUAAUUGCUCAAUAAAUUUUUAGUCGAUGAUGUUAUGGUGGUUGAAGUCUUAGAAGGGGAGCCUUGACGCAACGGUAGAGUUCGUGCCAUGUGACCUAGAGGUCACGAGUUCGAGUCUCGAGAAAAAAAACAAUGUCGCAACUUACAAGUGCCAUAUUCUGAUUGUAAUAGUAGUUCUUGCUGGGUUGAAAGGGAGGAGAAAGGAGAAAACCUCAAAUAUCCACGAUCCAUUGCAGUGUCACUCCUCAUGGCUACAUUUUUAGCAGCAGCAGUGUCUGUGGUCAUAAUGAGCACCUCACUGGUCCUAGCGACGACCCAAAAAGCACCAUGGAGGAUCCACACACUAUUCUCCGUCGAGUGUCAGAACUACUUUGAUUGGCAGACAGUAGGUUUGAUGCACAGCUAUCACAAAUCGCUGCAACCAGGACCUAUUACUCGACUUCUCAGUUGCACGGAUGAGGAGCGUCGCCAAUAUCAGGGAAUGGGUCUUGCCCCCACCUUUGAGGUCCCUUCUAUGAGUCGCCACCCCAAAACUGGUGAUUGGUAUCCUGCUAUCAAUAAACCAGCAGGUGUUGUACAUUGGCUUAAAUAUAGUGAAGAUGCAGACAACGUGGAUUGGGUUGUGAUCUUGGAUGCAGAUAUGAUUAUUCGAGGCCCAAUAAUACCAUGGGAAUUGGGUGCUGAGAAAGGUAGACCGAUUGCUGCAUAUUAUGGCUACCUGAAGGGAUGUGAUAAUAUUCUAUCACGUUUACACACAAAGCACCCUGAAUUAUGUGACAAGGUCGGUGGACUUCUUGCUAUGCAUAUUGAUGAUUUACGGGCCCUAGCUCCUAUGUGGCUUUUAAAGACUGAGGAAGUGCGAGGGGACCGGGCACAUUGGGGAACUAACAUAACAGGUGACAUUUAUGGUCAGGGCUGGAUCAGUGAGAUGUAUGGCUAUGCCUUUGGUGCUGCAGAGGUCGGCCUACAUCACAAGAUAAAUGAUGAUUUAAUGAUCUACCCAGGUUACACUCCCAGAGAUGGCGUGGAGCCUAUUUUGUUGCACUAUGGCUUACCAUUUAAAGUUGGUAAUUGGUCUUUCAAUAAGUUAGAACAUCAUGAUGAUGACAUCGUAUAUGAAUGCAACCAUAUUUUCCCUCCACCUCCUUUUCCUAGAGAGGUUGUGCUGAUGGAAACUAAUAUCAAUAGAAGGCGAGGCUUAUUCUUGAGUACAGAGUGCAUUAACACUUUAAAUCAAGGACUUCUAUUACAUCAUGCUUCUAGCAGUUGUCCGAAGCCUAAAUGGUCGAAAUACCUAAGUUUCCUAAAGAGCAGGAAAUUUGCUGAGCUUACGAAGCCAAAAUAUAUAAAUCAUCAAAAACUAAGUCAAGUAACUGAACAAAAGAAUAUCUUGAUGGAAUCAACCAAGCUCUAUCCGAAGAUACACACUCUGUUCUCCACAGAGUGCUCAUCAUAUUUUGAUUGGCAAACUGUUGGUCUUAUUCAUAGUUUUCAUUUGAGUGGCCAGCCAGGAAAUAUCACACGUCUUCUCAGUUGUACUGAGCAUGACUUGAAGCAAUACAUGGGUCAUGACUUAGCUCCUACGCACUAUGUUCCAUCUAUGAGCCAACAUCCAUUGACAGGAGAUUGGUACCCAGCUAUCAAUAAGCCAGCUGCUGUUCUACAUUGGCUCAAUCAUGUUAAGACUGAUGCUGAAUUCAUUGUUAUUCUCGAUGCUGACAUGAUAAUGCGAGGUCCAAUUACUCCAUGGGAGUAUGGUGCUGCACGUGGUCAUCCUGUUUCAACUCCUUAUGAGUACCUUAUUGGCUGCGACAACGAGCUUGCAAAGAUUCACACUCGAAAUCCUUCUGCCUGUGAAAAGGUUGGUGGUGUCAUAAUAAUGCACAUAGAUGAUCUACAGAAAUUUGCAUUGUUGUGGCUUCACAAAACAGAGGAGGUACGAUCCGACAAAGCUCAUUUUGCAACAAAUUUUACUGGGGACAUUUAUGGAGCUGGCUGGAUAAGUGAAAUGUACGGUUACUCCUUUGGUGCAGCUGAGUUAAAUCUGAGGCAUAUUAUAAGGAAUGACAUAUUAAUAUAUCCAGGCUAUGUACCUCUACCUGGAAUCAAAUACAAGGUUUUUCACUAUGGACUGAGAUUUGGUGUUGGCAAUUGGAGUUUUGACAAGGCUGACUGGAGAAAUAUCGACUUAGUAAAUACAUGCUGGUCUAAGUUUCCUGAACCACCUGAUCCUUCUACUCUGUCUACACCAGAUGAUAAUAUUCGACAAAGAGAUAUCCUUAGCAUUGAAUGUGGGAAAGUAUUGAAUGAUGCUCUUUAUCUGCAUCACAAAAGGAGGAAUUGCCGUUAUCCUUCAGACAGCAAUGCUAAUUUUACUCUCUCGAAAGAUGUGGGAUUACUCCAUGAAUUGAAACAUGGAGUGAUCAGUGGAAGAGGCGAUGAACAAAAUAUUGCAAUCGAGGUGCCAUCCAAAAUCUUCUUGAACUCGAAGGACAAGCCUCCAAGCUUUUGGAUGGUUGGACUUUGGGCCUUUUCUGGGAUGGGUUUCUUAGCUUUGAUUUUCAUGAUCCUUCCGAAGCGCAAAGGAGAGAGUUCUAAGGGCAAGGCAAAUAGAAGCAAGAGAAAUUUUGCUUGAAAUUUGGUAACUAUCUGCCGAAAUCUAUAGCGGGCCAUGAAUAACACCAAAUAAGCUACCUAACGAUAGUCCAUAUGCUGUACAUGAUUCUCUUGGCUCAAACAGAUGACAAUCGCCUAAUUAGGUUGUGGCCUAAGUCACAGAAAAAGGUACUGAACUAGUCUUAAAAUGAGUUAUUGCGACAUAUUCUGCCUUCUGCAAAAUGUUGCCCGUUUUGGGAUAGAGUUUUAUGGUUCGUGAUUCAGUUGCUAAUAGGAAUUGGUUGAGUGAAAUUAUUUGCUUGGAAAUAUCCAUCCAGGUGUUCAUUGAGUGAGAAAAUAUAUGUGCAGUUCAGUGCAAGACUUCAAGGUUCGUGUUAUCAUGGAGUUGGCAACAGCACUGGAACGCUUCAUUCUGUUGAUAUUACCACCAACAAUUGCAGGAGAAAAUGUAAUUGUGGAUUUAUGGAUCUUCGUUUAUUUCUGCCACUUUUUCUAGGGCAAUGGGGAGGGUAAAUAGUGCUUUGGGAAAAA